CACUAGCUUUGUAUCAUUAUCUAUGUUGGAAAAUUGUUGGAACAAAGGAGCAUGUGAAAACAAUCAGAAUGAUGAACUCAGUCAGAGACCAUUUACAUAGCGACAAGAAAUGGACAACAAUCACCAGUGGAAGUUUUGGAGAGGGAUUAGGGAUGAAAGGUAGUGAUUUAGAUAUUAUGACGGUUGCGAAAUUAAUUGAAAUUUGUGAAAACACACACAUGAAUUUAAAUGCUGAUAAAAUACAUUUUACAAUGGAAAUGGUAGAUACAGAGCCAGGUUUCACUAAGUUACGGCUAAUGCACAAUAGUGACCAGAGUAUCAUAGAAUUCUGUGCUGAGAUAGGUAGUGAAUUCUAUUUUUCAAACCAUUUAUUUAAACAAGCACUUUCAACCGAUAUUUUGUCGACUGUUCAUGGACCAUGUGUAUCAGACGAACGUGGUAGUUUUGACUUGGCAUACUGUUUAUAUAGUAAGUUAUGGAUAACACCAGCAAAACAAUGGAUAACACGAUCAAACCAUUCAUGGCCGAGAUACGAUGUUAAACAGGAUAUUGUUAAUCAUGGGGUUCUCUUUGUACCUGUAGGUGUGAAAGGAUCUGCACAAGAAGAAUUAGAAUGGCGCAUAUCAUUUUCCGUUGGCGAAAAACUACUUAUUCAUACAUUUACACAUACACAAUUACUAUGUUAUGCCCUUAUGAAAAUUAUUCAAAAAGACGUUAUAUCUUUAGAUAUAGAUUGUAAAGAAUUGAUUUGUUCGUAUUUCAUGAAAACAGUUUUGUUUUGGAUAUGUGAAGAAUUACCUCCAUCAGAAUGGAAACCUGAAAACUUGAUAUCUUGUUACAUGCGAUGUUUUAGGAGACUAAUAUAUUGUGUUAAAUACGGAGUUUGUCCGCAUUAUUUCAUUCCUGAGAAUAAUUUAUUCGAGAAUAAGAUACAAGGACAGGCACAGAAAACACUUUUAAACAAGUUGAAUAUUCUAAACAGUUAUGGUUGGCAAUGCAUCUUAUUGUCAGACCAAUUCUCAGAAUUUCGGGGAUCGUCAUUUGAUGUAAGGAAGCAGGCAGAUUAUGUACAUGUCAGCAGUGUUGAAAAACUAUUAACCAACACUAUGUUUGAGGCAGACAUUUUCCAGCUGCAAUGUUAUUUUCUUUUGGAAAAAGUGAUACACAAGAAUAUAUGUAAUCGUAUUGAAAUUCAACCUAAUUCAAUGCGCAGAAGUUUACCGAUGUUCAAAUCUGGUAAAUUUAUUAUGACUAGUCAUUUCAAGGAAACAAACAAAAACCGAGGGAACAGCAUAACUCCAAAUGAGCAAGAACUGGUGUAUUGA